AUGGGCCCAACAGCACACACUCCGCAGAAGUCGCAGCUCCAUAAGUAUGGCAGGAUCAGGACGAGAUCUAGGACAUCCCGCAGCACCAGCAUGCGGACAACUUCUGCUGGUGGCAGAAUGUGGCCAAGCCAUAACUAUCCGCUGGUGGCUCCCCAUUGCGUGAAGGGGUCCGAAAAAUUGUGCUCAAUGGAUGCCUCACAGCAUCGGAGGCUUGUGGGCAUGCGAGUCACCACCUUAGCAGCGGACGUCGCUAAUGAGUCCCAAGGGGUGGGAGGGGUUGAAUGGAUGGGUUGCGGAUGCCUAAGAGGCAGAAGAGUGGAUAAGUGUUGUGUAGCUCGAGGCCGAGUGGAACGGUAUCGGCUAGGGAGGGUGAUGUUUAGGUACAAUGAGGUGUGGGGCAUGGUGCAUGUGCUCGCAGUGCCUCUGGUGCCUGUGCCGCUCGGAGUCUCCACCGCCAGCGACAUUCAGAAGAUGAGAUACUAUCACCAUCCGGAGGCGCCUGGGUCGAUGUAUGUCCAGUCGGCUGUGGCAGAUUCCAAAAAUUCGCGAGAGGUUGUGGUGCCUGGGGUUGAUAGCAGGGAUACGUUCAUCCAUCUGGUCCCUGAAGGCAGCUGUAAGUAG